CGGGGUUCAGUCGUCAGCUCGCUGCCAAAGUGUUAAGAAGCGGGACGCUUGGACGUGCGUGAAUCGUGCGUGUGUAUGUGUAUGCGUGUGCGUGUGUAUGUAGGUGGCGUCCGCGUGGAUAACUUGAAGAACCGAAACUUAAAUACUCACACAUUCUGCCAAUACAUACAUAGCUUUUAACCAGCAGCAGCGAAUACUCCUGAGAGGGAAAGUCAACUCAAAAUGGCUUUAUUACCACGCGAUAUCGAUAUUGAUAAACCCAAAUUCGAUCAGAGCACAUAUGUGGGACGUGCCAAGCACUUUUUCCUCGUCACCAAUCCCCUCAAUCUAUUCGUUACCUCAACUCAAUUGGAGUCCGCCCGCCAGAUCGUGCAACGUUAUCGCGCUGGCCAAGAUGUGCCCGAGUGCAAAUCGGUUGAGCAGCUGUGGAAGGCCAAGUAUCUGUACGAUUCGGCGUUUCAUCCAGAGACCGGAGAGAAGCAGCUUCUGAUUGGUCGCAUGUCGGCGCAAAUGCCGAUGAACAUGUUCAUCACAGCAGGCAUGAUGACCUUCUACAAAACAACGCCGGCCGUCGUCUUCUGGCAGUGGUGUAAUCAGACCUUUAAUGCGAUCGUCAACUACACGAACCGUUCGGGUACCACACCAAUUAGUCAAACGCAAUUGUUUACCUCAUACUGCCUGGCAACAGGUGGCGCUUUAGGCACUGCCCUCAGCCUCAAUCGGGCGGUGAAGAAUAUGAAUCCAUUGGUGGGUCGUCUCGUGCCCUUGGUGGCUGUGGCAGCGGCCAAUUGCAUCAAUAUUCCUUGCAUGCGAAUGCAGGAGCUCCGUAAUGGCGUCGUUCUGCUGGAUGAGAAGAACAACGAAGUGGGCAUCUCUAAGAAAGCUGCUUUCGUGGGCAUCUCCGCGGUGCUGGUUAGUCGCAUAGCCAUGGCAAUGCCAGGAAUGACUUUAACUCCACUGCUGAUGGAGAACUUGGAGAAACGCGGUUUCCUCAAGCGUUUCCCCCGCCUCAAUGCACCCAUCCAAACGGUCUUCUGCGGCUUUGUAUUGCUCUUUGCCACGCCCCUAGGGUGCGCCUUCUUCAGUCAGCGGGCGGCCAUUAAGGUGGAUUCGCUAGAGAAGGAUGUUAGUGAAGCUAUACAGAAGAAACAUCCGGACUUGGAGACCGUCUGGUACAACAAGGGCUUGUAGAGACGCCAAUGGAUAUCCUUGGUGGAGAGGACAAUAAUAUUUUUGCAAAAGUGAUUAAUUUAUUUACUCAAUGUGCAUUUAUUGUAGCAGUUCUUUUAGCAUUUAUAUAAUUUGUUUGCGGUUAAAUGUUGUUCAGUUCAAAUACCUACCAAUCAAUGUGAAUUAGUUAAGCAAAAUAUUUUGCUGGCAUCGCAACAAUUUAUUUAGCUGUAGUCUGUGAAAGAUAUCAAGUUUGAAAUAUUGUUAGUAAAUAAAUUGAGUGGGAAAAUUGAAA